CUCCUUUAAACUCACACGUGGACUCUUGUUGACAACACUUCGUCUGAUCUUCCACACUUUCUUCAAGAUGAACUACACAGAGCUGAGCAGCUGUCGGUUCCAGUUCGACACGUCCUACCAACAGACACCGGACCAAGGGCAGGACAUGUUCGGCAGCCUGCAGGUCCCCGCCCCGAUGGAACCGUACGGAGGCUACGGUGAAGCGGCCGGGCACGUCCCGGUCCCGCCGGCGUCUGCUCACGGGCCUGGGCGCUGUCUGAUGUGGGCCUGUAAGACGUGUCGGAGCAGGAAGGCGUCCCGACAGGACAGGAGGAAGGCCGCCACCAUGAGGGAGAGAAGGCGGCUCGUCAAGGUGAACGAGGCGUUCGAGGUGCUGAAGAGAAAGACGCACAUGAAGCCGAGCCAGAAGACACCCAAGGUGGACAUCCUCCGGAACGCCAUCGCCUACAUCGAGCAGCUGCACCAAACUCUACGGGACGGUCAGGAGAACUCGGCGGGACAGAGCGCCGACUCUCCCGCAGCCAGCCCCGGGGCCUGCUCCGACGGAAUGGAUUUAAACAGUCCUGCCAGCUCGUCUUCAGAGUCAAGCUUCACCUGGACAGACGACAUGUACCCGUCUUCAGACCUGUUCACCGAGUUCCUGUCCAGCAUGUCCAGUGACCAGGGCGGCACCAGUCUGGACAACCUGUCGUCCAUCGUCAACAGCAUCGCCCUUCCCGACACUCACCUGCAGUGACGUCAUGGCCGAACGACCAAGAUGGCGGCGAAAA